CACAGUACAUAUCCAUCCAAACUUAUUGAGCAUAAAUACAUUAUCAUGGUGUUGGAAAGCACCUUCGAUGCAUGUUGGCCGAGCGAACUUGACCCGGCGGAAGAGAUUUUUGACCUCAUUAGAGACAUUAAGGACCCUGAACAUCCGUUUACCCUUGAGCAACUAAAUGUAGUCAGUCUGGACCAGAUCGAGGUAUUAGACGAGAUUCGAGGUCGGAGGAGAAUCACCAUAGAGUUCACCCCUACCGUUCCCAGUUGUUCUUUGGCGACCUUAAUAGGAUUGUGUAUAAGAGUGCAGGUGGAACGGUCGUUUGAAAAUAGGAACAUUCUGGAUAUCACUGUGCCCCUGGGAUCGCAUGAUACUGCAGAGGAAGUGAACAAGCAGAUCAACGAUAAGGAACGAACAGUUGCCGCCAUGGAAAAUCCGGAUUUAGUAGCCGUUGUGGAGAGGUGUCUUAACCCCGAGCACGACGACGUCUCGGUGUAGCCCAAAGUUAAACACAAUUUGCAUAUCAUGCAAUCGUCAGCACCUGUGAUUUAGUGCUAAUCGCUUAUGGCAUGCAAGGUUGAUGACUCACUGGAGAGAGACCUAGGACGCGCGAAUUCAGACCUGACAACUCGCAUGCGUAUGUAUGUAGUACGUAUAUACUUAAAUAUAUAUAUAUAUGUAUGUGUAUGUAUGCAUAUAUAUAUAUGCAUGUAUGUGUAUGUAUGCAUAUAU